AUGGGAGCAAUCAAGAACAUCCUCCUGAAGCUCUCGCCAGAGGCGAAGAAGGGCGAGGAUGGCCGCGACGUGUUUGGCAACCGAAUUCAAUUCGUCCUUUGCGCCAUGGGCGGUGCUGUCGGUCUUGGUAACCUGCUACGCUUCCCAUCAGUCGUAUACAACAACUACGGACUUCAAUUCUUCAUUCCCUACUUCAUCGCCCUCUUCUUCGUUGCCCUUCCCGUCUUGGUCUUGGAGAUCGCGCUUGGAACCGUCUAUCGUGGUGGUCCGGUGUUGGCGUGGCACAGCAACAACAAGCGCGCCAAAGGCAUCGGUCUGGCAGUCGUCUUCAAUGGUUAUGUCGUCGUCACCUACUACGUACCGCUCCUAUCAUGGAUUAUGAAGUACUUCGCCCGUUCAUUCCAAAGCCCCCUGCCAUGGAAAGGCGCAGAUCUUAGCGAGUAUUUCUCCGAGGUUAUCGUUGCCAAUGCGGCUCCAACAUCAACUGGCAGCUUCAACCCUGAUGGCAGCGUCGCCUCGUACACUAGCUACUCGGGAACUGGGAUGCUAGGAGAAACAGCAGGCUGGGCAAUCUUCACCUGGUUUGUCACCUGGCUGUGCGUCUUCAGGGGUGUAGGCAUGACCGGACGUGUCAUCUAUGUCACGAUGGGUCUUCCUUUAGUCCUCAUCAUUAUUCUCAUUGGUCGUGGAGUUUCAUUGCCUAAUGCUGGAGAUGGCAUCAAGCUUUACUUUGCUACAUGGAGGACAAGCGCGCUUGAGAGUCCUCAGAUCUGGCAAGCGGCUUUUGGCCAGAUUUUCUUCUCUAUCGGUGUUGGAUUUGGAUAUUUCACUUCGUGGGCGUCUUACUGCUCGCAGCACUCCAACGCCGUACAGGAUGCUCUCAUCAUCGGUUUCAGCAACUCCGCUGUUGAAAUCAUUGCCGCUUUCUCUGUCUUCGGUGUAAUCGGAUACCUAGGCAUCGACCCGUCAAGUGGCGAGGCUUUGGGUACCUUUGUUACUGGAUUCAUCACGUACCCCGAAGCUCUAGCCCAAAUGCCUGGUGCUCCAUUCUUUUCUGUGGUAUUCUUCUUCACGCUCUUCCUCCUUGGUCUCACAUCCGCAUUCUCACUUCUCGAAGUUAUGACUACGUUGAUCAUGGACACGAACUGGGGUUGCAAACUCCCCCGCUGGGCAGUUUGCACCAUCGUGACUAUCGUCUCUGCACUCAUCUCUUUGAUUUAUUGCACAGAGUUCGGUCUACAAGCCCUUGACGCAGUUGAUACCUACGUAAACGACAUCGCCCUCUUCUUCACAGUAUGGUGCGAGACAUUCGCCGCCACAUCUCUCUACCGCUGCCGCGACGUCGCAAACCAAGUCGGUUGGCCCAGCUACCUCAUCUACACCAUCGGAUUCGCCGUCGCUCAAGGACUCGGCAUCCGCGUCGCUUACGGCUCGACCCCUGGAACUGGUGCUGGUGUCGGCUUUGCCUUUUUCAUUGUCAGCACGAUCAUCGCACUCUUCGCAGCCAGGACACCCGGUAUCCCUGCGCCACGUUUCUGGGGCAACAGCAAGUUUAUGAGCCGUUUCUGGUGGGUAGCCUUCUAUCCCGGAAACCAGCUGACCAGGGAUCUCAACGUCGUUAUUGGUGUGGGAAAGAACUGGAACAUCCCUUACUUCUGGGCUGCUAUAAUGAAGUACAUUUCCGGACCUAUCCUCGCCAUCGUCCUCUCGUUUGCGUACCCGAAGUUCACGCAAACCCACAUGUACGACCCUAUCAUGAUCUACGGCUUCAGUAUCGUGCAUCUCGUCUUGCCAACCAUUGUGCUGGGUCUCUUGAUGCCGUCCUGGUUCAACUGGAUCAUUCCUUCAGUGAAGAUUCCCCUGGGUGACAAGCCGGUCGCGCCGAUGGAGACUAUUGACAAUUCGAAUGAGAUUAUGAGGGUGGGUAGCGAGGAGAGUGGAGUGGUACCCUACACUGAGCCCAAGAUGGCGGAGAUGAAGCAUUAG